AUGGCAGCGGCCGCGGGGGCGGACUCGUUUUCUGGCGGCGGCUCCGGGGCCGUGCGGCUGCCGUCGUCGCCGCCCAUCAAGGUGCUGGCGGAGCAGCUGCGGCGCCACGCGGAGGGCGGCCCGGGCGCGUGGCGGCUGUGCCGGGCGGCGGGCCGCGCGCCGCUGGAGCUGGCGGCCGUGUGGAUGCAGGGCACGGUGGUGCAGGCGGGCGGCGGCACGGCGCGGCUGCGGGACCCGAGCGGCGCCUUCUCGGUGUGCGGCCUGGAGCGGGUGCCGCGCGGGCGGCCCUGCGUCGCCCCAGGGAAGUACGUAAUGGUAAUGGGAGUGAUUCAGGCCUAUAGCCCUGAGCCUUGCCUUCAGGCUGUGAAGAUGACAGAUCUUUCUGAUAAUCCCGUCCAUGAAAGCAUGUGGGCACUGGAAGUAGAAGAUUUACACAGGAAUAUUCCUUAG